GCAACGUGAGACAACUGAUCGCUCAUCUUUGCAGCAGCAACAGCAGCAGCAGCUGGAAGCAACGAACAACAAGGAGUCGGAAAACAGUACUGUACGUUUUGUUUGUUUCGUAUUUCGAUUAACGAAUUUUUAGUACACAACUACGAAAAAACCCGUAACCGUAAGAGAACGAAGCCCGUAACAUAUUCUAUUGCACACAGGGAAAACGGAAUAGUGGGUACCACUAGCUAAAAUGUUUCUCUAACGUCAGUUGAGAAUGGUACUAACACAUGUUGGCUUUCAUCUCGAGAUUAUGGAAAAACCCUUUAGUAAUGCAAGCAUUUGUUUAAUAAAUACAACGCUGCAUCACUCUCUGUAUAAGGAAUUUGAACUAACCGUCGUUUGGCUUCAAUACAUUAUCUUAUUAAGUUGAAGAAAGGCUUAGAAAAUACGAUGUGGCAAAGCCAUUUAGAUGUUGGUCACCGUUGGAAUACCCGUCUCUACCGCAGGACAGCGUAAGAUAUGAGCGGGUACUUGACAUAACCUUUAAAACGAAAUGUAUUUUACUUGAUUUUUGUUUUUAAUUCUGUGUUGACCACUGUUUGGCUAAGACCUUUGUAAGAGGCAAUUAUCCGCUGCAUAUAAAGCCAAAAUUACAGCACUGUAAUAUUCUAAAAACGAUUAAUCAUUUUGAUAAAGCCAAAAUUACAGCACUGUAAUAUUCUAAAAACGAUUAAUCAUUUUGAUAAAGCCAGUUCACACAAACUUGCCUCUCCUAAUUAUGUCCAAAACAAAUUUUUCUCAAAAAUAUUUAUCUUAACAAAAAAAAAAAGUCACCUAAUAAUGUAUAUUAAAUUCGCCUUUUUGGAAAACGCGUACGUCUCUUUAAACAAAAAUUAUGUUAACGCUAUAUAUUAAGCUCGCUAAAUCAGCCGAACCUUCACGAGAGCUGUGAGUAACGGGCUUGAACUGAUAACAAUUAAAAAAUUAUCAAGACUAUGUAUUUACACAUUUAUUAAUACACUGCAGUUUCGUGGGUUACUAUAGCCACGGAUGGGGUUUUAUUUCUACCAAUAGUGGUUUGCGGUUUUCUUUCGCUUACUAUGCUUCCAAACAAGUAUGUUUAUUCAAUAUUUGAUUUAGAUUGUUGGGCUCUAUUUCGAUAAUUUACUGGUUUGCGUUUGAAAACGACGACGUUUAGCUUGCGUGAGCAUUAACGUCAUAAUGGACGGAGUGGGAGGGUAGUUUGCUGUGAGAUGUAUCGUUUACGAACAGCAUAGUAAAGACUGCAACUAUGCUAUCUUCAGCAACUUGAAAUCUCGCCGUAGCUGUAAGAUGUUCAUGGGAUAAUGUGCUCCAGUUAUGAUAAUAGCAAUUAAGUGGAUGCCCCGUUGUUUGUAAGGCAUAUGCAGAGCAACUCUGCUGAGCUAAGACGCAUUUUUAUAAUGGAUCGUAGAAUACGGUCGUAGUUUUUUGUCUGAAGGUAAGAUUGUUACAAAAAUCAAUUUUGACGCUUUUCAAUGUUUCAGUAGUAGUUGUCGAUCUACCUAGCAACAUAUAUUCAGUGAGUAACGUCAUAGGGCUGCGGAUAACGGACACAUGCUCCACUGUGUGAGUGGGAGGCUACACCGGCAGCAUCUGGGCUUAGCAGUCGAUCAAUAGGGGUAAAAACCCGCUUUCUUUUCAUAGACAGUGAGAUGUUGCGGAUGAGUAGUGUUGUUUAUCAAUUGAUGCUACUCUGACGUUUAGUGUCAGACAAAGAGAAAGAUGCUGUGACGUUCGUAUACGAAUGAUAUUAAAGGUAUUAUCUGGCCGCAUGCUCCUACGUAUGCACCCAUUCAUGAAAAAAAAAUGUGUUUUGUAGCUCGGCGAUUGGGCGGCUCCAGGUGAUGUGCUUCUUAUCUAUUUAGGUUUUUUUUGGUGGUACAGACUCAUAGUGCUUCAGUGUUUCCUUGUCAAAUUAGUGAUCCGGCAAAUCGCGACAAAGUUUCAAGCGGUACAGUUUUCAAGGUACGUUUUCUGGCGGGUAUAGCAAUCGUCGAACGUGUGCUGCCUUAAGUGGAUGUCAAUUUGUGGAGGUAAACGUUUAUUGUUAAUAGACUUACUCAAAUUUACAUCCGUUAGUUCUGCUAAACGUUAUUGUGGUACUAGUAUGGUAAACCAAUUAUGAACAGUGCGUUGCCUGUGCUGAUGCCAUUGUUUCGAGCUGAAAGUAAAUAUGUGACACCUGCUAGUGUGCACAACGCCGCAUGCCUAGGAAUAAAAGAACGAAGAAAAAACAUUUAAUAGAAAAGCAUCUUUUGAACGAACCGAUCAUAUAAAGCUAACAUGAUUUAUAAAGUCUACUAUACUGUUUAAGUGCCUAAACUUAGUGAUCCAACUGGAUCUUUGCACCUCAGUGAUCUUAGUAUAAUGAUUUGUUUAAUCUUCAUUAGAGUUUUCUAAAACUACUGAAAGCGCAUACUGUGUUCCGCCAUCUAGAGCAGAGCAAUAUUGAUUGUAGGUGAGUUUAGGGUUCCAAAGCAGUGUGGACUGAUUUGUUUUUAUAGACUGCAUAAAUUUUUUUUUUAUAAUUACGUGCAAUGAAGUUUGUCAAUGAUUUCUAAGGAAAAAGGAUAAAAGGUUAUAAUCCAAAUUGUUUGCUCGGUUACUUGAAAGCACUUGCCACACAUUAUGCCACAUCCCAUGUCAUUUAUCGUCACUUACGAUACUACGAUUUAAAUAGAAAAUGUUUAGCAUGUCGUUCCGCUUAAUGGUGCUUUCUAUUUGUUUUGCGUUAAUAUAUUCGACCAGAUUGGCGUUUCUAAAACGGUGGAUCUCUGGGGACAACGCAAAGUAAAUGCUUGAUCACUUUCGAGCUGGAAAGAAUAGGUUCACUGAAAUUAUUAGUUGGUAACUGGAGCCAUGGCUUUAAACUGAUAUCCAUACAUAUUUUUCUUAUAAAGAUACGCUUUCUUCGUUAUUAAGGUUACAGGACGUUUACAAAGGCAAAGGUUAAGUAUCUUUAGCCUGCAAGUUUAGCUGAAAGAAUAGUAGCUUUUAACUUCAGUUCGGCUUGAUUGAUAUGUUUACUGAUUGGUAAUAAAAACUUGUUUCACACCAUUGCGGUUGCCCCUUUUGGGCAUACAGAUUUACAUUAAAAUACUACUGACGCCUUUCACCUUAUUAUGUCUACUACGUGUUAGGUUGAACCUCCGACUGGUGCCUUCCAGAUUACGACUUGCUUACUGCUAGGUACCUGAACAGAUCUUAGACAUAGAGUUUUGUGAUGGAGGAAGUAAUUUAAAAUUUACCAAUAUAUGUCAAUUGCUCUAAACUUCAAAAGGGAUCACACCUUUAAAUUUCAUACAUUGUAUUACUGUGGUGACUCGCGAUUCUAAAGAAGAAAAACUUAGCCUUCGUCUGCCUUAAAUAAAGGUAUCAGACAAACUAUAAGUAAAGGUCUCAAGACAGAAGACACAAAGCUUCCUGACAAGUUAGUACCGAGUAAUCAGGAAGCAGGGGUUCUGUUGGUUGGGACUAAAGUCUUCAAUCAAACCGAUAUCGUUGUAGAAGACUUACAUGGAUCCUAUAUCAUUGGAAAAUAUAAUUUUGCUAGACCAAUUAAAAGAGAAUUGUACUAAUUAUCUUACCAGAUUGUUUUUAAAAAAAUCUCAUUAUUACUGAUCUUUUUUCUUGUGUUCUUUUGUACACAUCAUUAAACCACAUUACAUUAGUUUAAAUACGGUAGUUAAAGCUACCUGCAUAGUUCAUACUUCAUUACCGUAAAUAUAUUAUAAAGCUACCUGCAUAGUUCAUACUUCAUCAUCGUAAAUAUAUUACAAACUACGUUAACCUAACAUUAAUAGGAACUACUGUGAAAGCGUUAGAGCAGUUGUGUUAAAGGUAAUUUUUCCGUCGCUGCAAAAUGAAGUUAAACGAAAAGCAAGAUAGAUCACGUAGAUGUGGUGGCAUAAUAUGCUGAUACUAACGAGAGGAAUAGGACUUGAGACUUAUCUGCCUAUUAUUUGAGUGGAGCAAGGUAUAAUUUCGCAUGGGUAUCUUUCUCAGGGUCGUGUCGCUACCGCAGCGCACGUAUGCGAAUAUACGGUGAUCGUUUUCGGCGGAGCUUUCUAUGAAGCACUGAAAUGAAAUAACUGAGUCAGGAAAAUGCAGCAACCGUAACAACUGUUCGACAGUUCGGGCUGUAGAUUUCGUACAGUCUUGUCCAUGAGGGCUUACAAGCAAGUGUGGGUUUACGCCCUAGCAAGAGCAUCCAAGUGCCGAAGCAAACGAUCUGUCGAAGAGGCCGUCCACUCAAUUUUUAUCAUCUGAGUUUUUUUUCUUUAGUGGACUUUCCUCAUAUCACAAGUUUUCUAGUUUUGGUUUUCGGGAACUUCCGAAAAGCACUACAGCAGUGAUUAUCAUAGCUGCUAGAUCCAUUGAGUAAAUUUUAAAGCAUAGCAGUUCCUGAUUUAAGCUCUGGUGGCAUUAAAAUUGAUACAGACUCCUUUUGUAAUUGAACUAGCCUUUUCUUAACUUUCUAUAAAAUCGAGGGCUCAAGCUUUUAUUGCAAAGCAUGCUUGGCGUACGCCUUACUCCUAGGGAAGCCAGAUCAUGGCCUUAAGUGGACCAACGUGAUUUUAUUUGAAAAUCAGCACAGUUUUUCAUCGCUGAGAGCGUUUCUACCGAAUAGCAAGCGGAUGAUUUGUUCAAAGGUGUUAAGCAAGCUUAUACGCAAUAUACGCCCUGAGUUAUGAGUAUGUAUGCUCGUUUGGAGAGGCCACGUUAGCCAUGUUGUAGUGUUAGUACUUGUUUGAAAUAAAACUGGAAGGUAGCACGUUUAUGGUUAAAUAUAGAAAUUUGCAAAUAUGUGUCACCGUUUGUUUCCACAUUAGGGUAAACUCGUAAAUGAGUUACCUGCGCAUACGAGGAACCGAAUAAAACCAACACUGUCAUAAGCGUAAUGAAGAGCUCUAUGGAAAUGAGGCCGUUGUGCUUACGUAUAUGCACGCAACUAUUUUCCAUGAUUAUUCGCAGAACUAACGUUAUGGCAUGACUCUUCAAACAUGCAUUUGUAACUAUAAAGUGAAAUGUCAUAGGCUUCGCUACAUUGAUGACUAACUUCAAGCUGCCGUUGCAUUAUAUAUGGCGGGCCCUAAGAAAAUAUCGGAUAGAUUAGCCAAAAGUUGUUAUUCUUAUCACCUCAUCACUUCAAACGUGUUUAGAAUAACUGGAGCUAGAAUCUUUUGGCAAUUUUUCUCAACUGUCUUCAAACUAUUCCGACAGUUGAAUAUUAAUCGCAUCUACUUUCAACUAAACGCACCAUUCUGCCUAAUACCGGUGGUACCUUUAGGUAAGAAAGCUGGUCACAUAAUAUCGUCUAUGUAGCAGCAUAAGUCGCGAAUGUGUUGAAUACAUAAAAUACUCGCAAAGGCGGGGCUUUAACGUACACGUGGGCGAAAAAUAAUAGCCCUCCAAAGUUGAAUUACAUAAGAAUCAGCGAAUGAACUACGUUUAACAACAGUUAGUAAGGACUGCAUCCGUUGUCAUUUUGUUACCUUUCCGAGUCAGGUGAGGGAACACAUCUAAUAUUACCAGAUAUUAGUAUAGAAUAGUUGUGUGUAACAUUUAUUGUAGUUUUAGGGAACAGGUCGAAAUUACAUAGCGAUCAGUAAUAGGGCUAUCUAUACCGCAAGAAAUAUGGAGGCUUCGCGGCUACGAGGCCGAGUGUGUACACCUCAACUUCUCGUAGUAGCAUGCCCAGAAGUCUCCAGAACCGAAGAGCUAUGAAGUACGCAAGGCCUGAGACCAGCCAGGUAUAUGUAAUGCUAAUUUGUGCAAAAUAUUGUCGAAAUGUUGAAAGUAUAGCCGGGAGUCACAAUAUUAAAUUUUGCGAAUCUGAGUGCCUGUACGUGUCGUGCAAUUUUAGUGCGUAACUCGCACUAAAAAGGGCCAUGAAUGGCGUAAAUAAUGCAAGCAUCAGUAAGCUAAGCAGGUAAUAAAUGACGAAGUUACGAAGGACCAAGCAAUUAGCAAGAAAACAAAUAUUAAAAAGCUGCCACUGCACCAAGACUGCUGUAUUAAUAAAAUGGAAAAGGUUAAAGCUGGAUCAAACAAAGAAUCACGUUCUACAAGUGCAAAUCAGGAAAAGGAAUCACGACGAAAGGAGGGCAGGCAAAGCAAAAACAGUCGGGUAGGCUCAAAAGAACCUGAGAAGGACAGUUCCAAAGAUGGAGACAGCAAGGCCAGGGAGAGACCCAAGGAGAAAAAGGAAAUUGCUCGGGAGGUUUUGAGUGCAGCUGCGGUCAGCGAUCCGAAGUGUUCGGUGAAAGAUGUUUUGAAAAUGUCUUCCGCUGCUGGCGCUCUUGUCACUACGAAUGAUGAAGAGAAGAAGCCAAGUGGUAAGGGAUCGCAGAACGAAUCGUCCCGGGACGGCCAGAACGGUUCAGGCCAACAUCGCCAACGGAAUCGAGAUCAUUGCGAGCACCGAGGGAGUAAACGGAAAAAAAACUUUUCUAGAACAUUGGAUAGUGGAACGGGAAGCUUGCACGAUAAGGAUAAACCUUGCACCAUUAGCGUGGAGACUAUUCAAGUUAUGGAACGUGGAACAGUCAUCGCAUGUCAACCCACUGCACCACCCACUUCUUCAGUGUCUCCACCAUUUGCCAAGAAGCCAUGCGUUAUGGUUUCGCCGACAGCUACCGAGGCAACAGCUGUCACGUCAACGUCUACUUCCGACCAGCGCCUCCCAGAUAAUAGAGAGAUAUCAGCCCUAAGAGAAAUAGUCACGAAUUACCAGGUUCCAUCGAUAGUCGGAGGAUUGCCAGACAAGAGCCCAUCAUGUACACCUACCCACUCCGUCGUAGCUCCGUUGCCAGCUGAUCUUGAUCGACGAGUUCUCGACUGGGUCGAUAAUUGCGUUUCCCAAAAGAAUAAUAACGGACAGAAGGAACAAGUCACUGCCAUGACUUCGUCGACCAAUGGUAAUAGCAGUAAAAAAUCUUCCACGAGAAACACGUAUGACGAGGGCUCUUUACGCGACCUUCAGCGUUCGUAUCUGCGACUUGUGGACUCGGAGGAAUGCUCUGACCUGGUCAUCGAAACGGAAGACCGACCUAUUCGCGCUCACAAAACAAUAUUGUUCGUACGCUGCCCCAAGCUUACACAGACGGUUAGUGCUGACUCGAGUUUUUGGCAACUAUCAUGGUGCUGCUCAGAGGCUGUCCUUCUAUUUCUGCGAUUUCUGUAUGCGGCCGACGUAUCAUUUGUAGCUAGCGUCGAAGGCCGGGUCCGGAAAGAUCUUCUCACGCUAUGCUGCCAAUAUCAGACCGAUGAAUUGGCAGCACGACUUAUCCGUGAGCGAUCACCCAGUCCGUUACCUUCGCAGUUACAACCUGCGCAAAUGGUACAACAGCACCUGGGUUUUGUCAGCCGAGGAGCAAGUUCGGCAACGGCGCUGCUCUCGAGAGCACGAGGCAGAAAGCGGUGCCCGUCGCCGAGUAUCCGUCGUCGGCGGGUUCGCCUUGGGUCGGAAAUAUCAUCGGAGAAUGCCAGCGACACUGGAUCCAGUUCUGGUAAAAAGACUCGCAUGAGUAUUACCUGUGAGACCGUGUCGGUCACUGCGCCAACUAAUGAUGACCGACACCGAAUCCAGCAAUCGCCACGACUGCCGCAACCAGGCGUUGCGUGCACUCAGCAUAGCACGCCACUCGUCACUCCAAUUAGUGAUGAUGACGAUGAAGAUAUUAUAACAAGCAAUAGUCAUAUCAACCAAAAUCAAACGACGCCCGUAAGAACAACUGCCUCGUUACCUCGAAUUAUUAGUGGGAGUGACUCGAAGAGCGGAGCCGGUGAGAAUCGUUCAACGGUAGCAAAUGAAUCUGCUAACGGGCGUAGAGGCGCCGGCGUACCGGUCAGCACUACAGGAGGCUCGGCGGAUCAGCCGAUCGAUGUAGGUAGCAGUUCUGAUCUCUUUUCCGAUGAAGACGUUGUAGUAGGAGCCAUUAUACAGUCGCAGCCACCUCCCCUGCUUAGCCCCAUUCAGCCGACGCCUCGACGUCCACCUGAUGAAGAAGAGGAAAUCGAUGGCAACCUUCUUCCAUCGCCGCCAGCUUUUUUGCGGUCCGUAAGUCAACGGUUAUCCAGUCAGCGACUUUCGCCAGAGAGAAAAUCCGCUUCAUCGGCGGCUCAUUCGCACGCUCCACCUUCGUCAGUUUCAUCCGUGAUGAGCUCUCCAAGUACUUCUACAAGACUGUUGCACCGUAAAAGUUUCAGUCAGCCUACGCCGGGUCAUCCGUUAAACGACGACGACGAAGAUAAUGACUGCAACGAAGAGCCUGAUGACUUGCCAAAUGUGGCUGGGCUGUGUGAAGCUGUGGUUAGCAUUGGAAGCAGUCCAACAGGGUCUUUGUCAAGCCCUCUAGGUGUUUCCCGGGUCGUUGACGGUUUGGACGUUACGCCGCAACCGAGGUUCAGUAUGAUGAAGACGCCAGAAAUGCAUGCUCAACUCAACCAGUAUGGUAUAAAGCCCAGUAUUGGCAAGCGGAAAGCUGUUCAGAUUCUUAAACAUAUCUAUCAGACGACACAUCCGGAGAUUUCUCAUCCGGAUGACGAGAGGCCAGAGGGAGAGGAGGCGACAGGAGAACGAAACACGUAUUCGUCGUCAAGUGAUGACAGUGAUGGAGAUCUGCCGUUAGAGGAGACGAUGAUCCAUGAUGACGAUGAGGAGAUCAGCGACAAUGUUGAGGACAAAAUUACGAGAUAUAUCAGGAAUACACCAUCUUUAUACGAUAAGAUUCUUCGCUACGAACCCUUGGAGGUAACUGAUUUUAAGCGCGAGUUACGUGAACACGGAAUCCGGGUAAACGACAAGACUCUCGUCAAUCUACUGGACUUUCAUUGUAUCAACAUCUCGUUUGGGGCUCAGCGUAAGACUGUCUCUCGAAGUCCGAGAAAAGCUCGACGAAAGAAAACUGUCCGGAAACCGGCCGUGCAGCAGCAGCCCCUCGGUCAACGUUCAACCAUGACACAACCAUGAAUUUUGUUUUUGCCGGUUGAAACGAUCCUUUGUUAGAUCAAGACUCCCUGAGCCAAUGAUACUAUCGACAAUGGCGAAGACGAUACUCUCCUAGAGCUUCUGAUUAUGAAACUGCAAAUUCUACAUUUGUGGGAAAAUACACACAGGGUUACGGAAAAAGGCACAUUCGUAGCAGAGCCGUUAACAGACUAUCAGGUGUACUAUGUAAUUUGGCAAACAUACAGUUGUCUAAUAACUGUAUGUUCGGCAUUUGUCAUUUCCAAACGAAUUUGCAAACUAAAUUAAUUCGCUUACGGGUUUAACACGCAGAGUCUAGCAGGAAAUGGCCUAGCGCUUACAAUGCAUUUCUUGUCUAGCUAAAGCUAGUCUAAUAAAUCCGCCCUGUCUAAUUCCGUUUCGAUUCUAAUCAUAAUAGAUUAAUGACAACUUUUCAAAACUGUGCUGUCGGGCCAGAGGCAGCUUUACGGUGCACACAAAUGCAAUAUAUAUCAUUAUUUGUUGGCCGUGUUCUAUUUUCUCGCUCGAUCUGUUAAACGGUUCGACAGUUGCCCUUCGUUCAGGAUUCUGUCGCCACCAAAAAGAGAGCCUUUUCUCUUUUGCUGUAACAGCCAUUAUUACUUCAUACUGCAAUCCCGUAGAUCUCAUAAUGCCGCGUAUCUACUGCGAAUCUGCACAGAAAACACUUUCCCGGACUCGCUACAUAAUGAGCCUCUUCAAUCGAUUCCCAGGUUUUUAGUUGGCAAAUUCCAAGAGCAUUAAUUCGUUCCUCCGUUUUUUUUCCGGGUUCGUAUCACGUUACUGUUGGUUGUCUGUUCUAUAUAUGUGUUAGCCAAAGGAAGACAUCAAACAAGCCGCUACGGUUAGUAAGAUGAGCAGCGUAUGUUUGCUACUGCAUUUAUAAUAAUGCAGGUAUAUUGAUGUGCAGCAUCGGUGAAAAUGGUGGCAUAGAUAGACGCUGAUUUUCCACUGUGAUGACUAGUCUGUAAAGAGAUGUGUAAAAUUCAUAGCAGGGAAAAAAUUGCCACGGAGAAAAUUGCCGUUUUGGGGUGGGUUUGAUUUUUUAUUAUUUUCAUUUAAUUUACAAAUGUUGCUACCACCGGACCAUGCAUUUAGCAGUAAUUGUAUAUAUAGGUGUAUUGAGAAUAUUAUUGCUAGAACAGUUGGAACGUUGUUUCCACAAAGUUUUUUUGCUUUUGGUUGAUUGAUUUUUGCGAUAUACAGUUGUUCUAUUAUACUUCAUUGUUAAAUGCGACGAACCGUACGCGGUAUGACCGAAUGGAAAAUGGUGUUCACCUGUUUUGAUUACGGAUUGCAAAGGAUUGGACCCGUCUAACCCGAGGUACUCGAGUCAGUAGCGAGAGUGCUCAGGGCUGUCAUCCGAUAUUUAUUCUGCUUAAGUGGGAUUUCGCAACGCGCCACGCAAGAAUUCAGCAUUUGUAUAAAUGAACAGAUAGACCGACAUGUGCUGCUGGAAACGAAUAUCGGUCGUUGGCAAAGGCCCGUUUUUGACUCGACCCAGAUGAGAGUUCAUUUUGGGUAAAACAGGAGGCGUGAGGAGACAUGCGGCAAUCGUUUGCGAUUCUAACGUCAGCAAAAGUUGUUGUUUUUCUUCUAUAGAUUAUAGCGACGCUUAUGGCGAACCGCUUAUUUAGCAGUGAACUUCAGCGAUUGUCACAAGAGCUCCUUCUCUUGGGAUCGCUUUCAUAGCUUAAUAUGAUCGAAGAAAUGCGCUUGUCCUUGAUACAAGCUGUGUCUUAAUUUACAAGGGCAUUCACGGCACUCCUACAACGAAAUUUCACUCAUCGCCUACAGCUUCUAUAUAUAGAAUGGGCCGAUACGAUAGCAGGGAAAGAGUAGUUCACGAAUAAGCUAGUCUAAAUGAUUUUUGCUUAGUGAAAUGAUAGACUGACAUUAACUGUAUAGAAAGGUUCAAGCUCAGUACAACUAGAAGCUAUUGAUCAAGCGUAUCGCUCCGCGUUACAUAAUCUGUAAAUUAAUGAUUUAUAGAUGUAAGCUUUGAAAUGAAAUUAUGGCCGUUUAUGUUGUUUCCACUAUUAUGUUGUCCUGCCCCCUGUAUAAAACACUGCGUCCGUUGUCGCAGAUACCUUCUGCUGCAUACUACUAGCAACAUUCGAUAACUAAAAUGCAUCGUGGUAACGUAAAUUAAAUUGUUCUAGAUGUUCUAGUGAGUACUCUGGAAAUGAUUGUAGUGUAAAAAAAAAAGGCAUUAUGUACGACACACGUUACAAGUUAAUUGUAACUUCUUUAUAAUGUCUGUCGUGCAUAAUGCUAUUUUUUCGAUAGAGUAUGUAAUGUAGUCUUCGAUAUGCUAGUAUGAACUCAGCAAGUCGAUAGGGAAACGUUUGGGCAUCUAAUAGUAGGGUUACCUUCGUCGAAUGAAAAAUGUCCAUCGCGGUUAGCACGAAUUAGUGGUCGUGGUUGAUUGAUGCGAGCAAGUGUACAUAGUCGACGAUUCAUAGGAUAUGUGUACCUAGGGAUUUUUGUGUUAUAUUGAAAAUAUAUUUUUACAGCUUUAUAAAAAGGUGAAACUUGUCGUUACUAGUUCAGCAUGUUAGGUAGCCAUAAAUAGGUUCAACAAAUUAUGAUUUCACGCAAUCGUACCGUUUCCAAGAAGUUCAUAUAGUAGUAUUAGCAGGCUCCGAGGAUACUAUGACGUUGUCGGUUAACAUUAGAGCUAAAAACGCUGCCAGGAAUCGGCAGCGUUAGCUGCGCAAAGGGACAUAGGACAACAAGUGAACGUAUAGUAUAAAUUCACCUAUUGCUUUGGAAUUUGGAAGUCUUGCCGGCAUUAGAAAAGAGCGAAGGCAUUCUUUGGAAGGUGUUCAUGCUCUAAAGCUAGGGAUUUAAAUUUUCCGCAGAAAAUGUUCGUGGAAGAAGAUAUUUACUUGAAACUAUUGUAACCUAGUUCGACGUAAGCUUAAAUGCUGCUGUUGUUCCUUCCUAUGCCAC